UGUAUUCCAUUUUGGUAGGCGGUAACUCCUAUUAAUUCACUACUGAGGAUCAUUGCUGCGAGAUUAGUCCUUCUUAGUAACAAGAAGACAAAAUUUGAAGAUUUACUUAAAGUAUUAGUUGAAAGGCAUGAGAUACUACUCAAAAAACCACCCUUGUUGAAAGACGUCUAUCAAUAUCUACCUGCAAAGGAAGGAUAAGUCAUCCACCAUUGGAGACCAACAACUUGAAGGUCAUUAAAUGUGCUUCUGAAUGCUGUGACCGUUUCUAUCAUCCACGCUGUAUUGCAAAGUUACUUCCCCCGGUAGUUAAGCAUGUUGAUGAGAAUCUUGAGAAAAAUAUUACUGAUGGGAAGCCAAGCCCUUUCCUUGUCCCGUUCAUUUUUGCUGUGUCUGUAAAGGAUUGGAAAAUAAGAUGGAACCUGACUUGCAAUUUGCAGUUUGUAACCGUUGUCCAAAGUCGUACCAUCGCAAAUGUUUGCCAAAAGGGAUCACUUUUGAUAGUGUUCAUGUUCAAACAAGGGCUUGGGAAGGUCUUUUGCCAAACAAUCGCAUUCUUAUAUAUUGCUUAAAUCAUAAGAUCAGUGAUAAGCUUGGGACUCCUGUAAGAGAUCAUAUAAAAUUCCCCGACACUAGUGCUGGUGUUCGGGAAAUUAAUACUUCUAAUAAGAGGAUGAAGCCUACAACUAAAGAUAGAGUUAAAUUGAAGAAUGAUGAUGGCGUUGUUAAAUCAUCUGGCAAGAGCACUAGUAAAAUUGGUAGUAAGAAAUCCUCUGAAAAGAUUAUAUCUGGUUCAGAUAUUUCAAGGACACCAGAAUCAAAGGUAAUGUCAAGUGAGUGUUUGACUGAAAACAUAAAGUCAAUCUCAAAGAAUUCGUCUGAAAAGGUAAUUUCUUCAGAUAUUUCAAGGAAACUGGGAUCAAAUAAAAGUUGUUUGACUGAAAGCAAGAAGUCAAUCUCAAAGUUGUCUGGAAAGAUGACUUCUGGUUCAGAUAUUUCAAGGAAACCAAAAUCAAAUGAAAUAUCAAGAAGGCUUUCAACUGAGAACAAGAAGUCGAUCUCAAAGAAAUUUGAAAUGCCCAAGUGUGCUCCAGUGAGUAAAAGCUCUGAGCAAAUCAAGCAUGACAAUCAGGUCGAUGAUGCAGAUAAUCAGACUCUGUCAAUCAAGCCUAUUAGAAGUGUAUUUCCUCCACAUGAUGCUGAUUCAGAGAAGGGUUUGGUGUAUUCAUUUAAAGAAGCUAGAUCCUCAAUACUGUUGGAGGGUGUUACAGAAAAACACAAGUUGGGAGGCGUUGAGGAUAACGUCAUUGCUAUGGGGAAGCUUAAUGACUCGGUCAACUUGACUACCAAACAGGAUAAGGUAAUAGCCCAGGAUCAUGAUCUCUUAGUGUCAACUGAUGAUCAAGAAGAACAAGCAUGUAUAAAUGAAAGUCAGAAAAGAAGCUCACAUCAUUGUAACGUUGACCAGGAGAGUGAAAAGAGACAGGAAUUUAAGAUGGGCAAAUCUUGGAAGACAUCCGGGAAGAGAAAACUAAUUAAGAAAAAUGAUAGAAAAGGACCAGGUGUGUCCUCACAAUUGUUUAAAGACAUAGGCGUGGUCUCACAAGCCAAAAGACAACGGAUAAAUCGAGCCCCUGGGCAUCAGGGAAGAUCUCAAAGUGAGACUGAAAAAGGGACUAGUGUUGCCAGCCCCCUUUCUGAUUGUGGAGUUAAAAAUGCGGAUGAAAACCAAAAUAAGGAAGAAGAGAAGCACAGGAGAGAAUCAAAGGCAAGGCAACAAGUUGGCCCUUCUGGGGUUCAGGAUCCUAACUCUACGCAGAAUGAUCAUCUAUCUGGUCACAAUCCGUCUUGUGCCAAUAAACAUGCACAACUUAGUACAGCAUCCAAAUCAUUAAAUAAGAUGAAUACACCAGCUGCAGAUGAAUCAAACCUUGUUAGGACGGGUUCUCCGACUCCUGAUGCUCCUAUAUUUAGUAGAAACGGCACUUCUGAACGGAUUGUGCCGCCAGGUUUUGCAGCUGGUCCUAAUUAUGAAUUUUCACUCCGCCAUUCAGCAGGUUGGCUCGAAGAGUAGGUUUUGCAUGUUGUACAUUGAAUGAUCAUAAGAGGGAAAUGUGAUGCACAUAAAGAUUUUGGAUUAUGUUCCUCCUAAGUUAGUCAGAUAUCUUACUUCAUUGCUAUCUUUGACCUGUUCCUUUUGAGUAAGCUUUUUUAGCUGGAAAAAUUAUUGGUUUCUCAUUUAAAAUUGAGAAAAUGGCUUGGCUUAAAUGAUGGGAUGGAGAGCAUCUCAACCCAUGUCUAGGCUUUUGAUUCUAGUAAAUUGAUCACUGAUCAGUUUUUUUUUAAGCCUGAUAUUUUUUUAAGUCUAGUUCACAAUGUG